AACCCAGAAAACAGAGACAGCAAUGGGAGGAGGCGAAGCCGGGAAGACAACGGACGACAGAGUGGCGAUAUCGAACAGAGGGCUGGAAGAACGUUCCAAAGCUCCCCAUAGUCAACUGGAAGGGUUGACCAUGGGCGGCCUCCGGAUUGUGGAGUCGCGCAAGGGAUUCAUCCGCUGUCACUUCACCGUCCCCAAUCGCCUCACUGACGGAGAUGGGAAUUGGCACGUCGGAGCGAUGGCGACGAUGAUCGACGAUCUGAGUGCGUUUGCAAUUUACUCAUUGGUCGGCCAUCUGAAGGCUUCCGUUGAUUUCACCAUCUCUUUCCUCUCCACUGCCAAAUUGCAGGAAGAGAUUGAGUUAGAAGCAAAGGUUGUUGGAGUGAAGGAAAGGCUGGCUUCAGUGGUGAUAGAGGUUAGAAGAAGAAGUAAUGGUGAGCUGAUUGCCUUGGGGAAGCAAUGGAUGACUGCCCAUAAUCAUGUACAGAAAGCUAGUAAACUUUGAUUGUUAGAACUAGUUUUCUGCGUGUUCUGUUGGCUGGAUGAGUUUUUAUUUUAACUAUUAACUAAUUUGGUUUUCAUUAAACAUAAAUAUGAGCACGGCAUGAGUAUGAGAAUUUACAACACACACA